AUGUCCCUCAAGCUGCCACGGAACUGGGAUUUCAACCUGAAAAUGGAUGCUGCAAAAAUAGGUACCGUGACUGUUUCUUUAUGCCCUUCUGUUUCUGCUUCAGCCGUCCAGGUGCAAGCCGGGCUCUGCUGGGGUGCCUGCGGCCAAGCUCGGCAGCGAUUUCGGCUCCGGCCCAGACCCGAACCUGCUUCUGGCCUCGGUGGGGAGACGUGGCCCCCAGCUACCGCUUUCGAGUUGUCACCGAGGGAUGCUGUGGGAGCACGGCCAGGNNNCCCCAACCCCCUGGAGCGACCCCUGAAGAUCGGCUGGCUGAAGAAGCAGCGCUCCAUCGUCAAGAACUGGCAGCAGCGGUACUUCGUGCUCAAGGGCCAGCAGCUCUACUACUACAAGGAUGAGGACGAUGUCAAACCACAGGGCUGCCUGUCUCUCCAGGGAAGCACCAUCAAGGAGGUGGCCAGCAACCCAGAGGAAGGAGGGAAAUUUAUCUUUGAAAUCAUCCAAGGGGUUUCUGGAGACCAGAACUGGGCAGGGCAGGACACCUGCGUGCUCAUGGCUAAUUCCCAGUCUGAGAUGGACGAAUGGGUUAAAUCCAUCCGACGAGUGCUGGGGUCUGCGUCAGGAGCCGUGUUCGGCCAGCGCUUGGCAGACACCAUGGCCUAUGAACAGAAAUUCGGGCAGCAGCAGGUCCCCAUCCUGGUGCAGAAGUGUGCCGAGUUCAUCCGGGAGCACGGCGUGAGCGAGGAGGGCAUCUUCCGCCUCCCCGGCCAAGACAACCUGGUGAAACAGCUCAGGGACGCGUUCGAUGCUGGGGAAAGGCCAUCGUUUGACCGGGAUACGGAUGUGCACACCGUGGCCUCUCUGUUCAAACUCUACCUGCGGGAGCUCCCGGAGCCAGUCGUGCCCUGGAUGCAGUACGAGGAUUUCCUGCUGUGCGGUCAGGUGCUGGAUGCGGAUGAGAGAAAGGGCCAUCAGGAGCUCCUGAAGCAACUGUCCCUCCUUCCCAGAGACAACUACAACCUCCUCAGCUAUAUCUGCAGGUUUCUACAUGAAAUACAGUUGAACUCUAGCAUCAACAAGAUGAGUGUGGAUAACCUGGCAACAGUGAUUGGAGUGAACCUCAUCAGGCCCAAGAUAGAGGAUCCUGCAAUUAUUAUGAGAGGCACACCACAGAUCCAGAAAGUGAUGACCGUGAUGAUAAGUGACCAUGCAGACCUCUUUCCCCCGUCCAAGGAUGUGCCGCCCUCCCCACCUGCCCAAAGAAACGACAAGAAAGCCCCCAUCCUGCGCAGCUCCGUGGGCUGGGACUCUGCAGAGGAGCCUGCGGCGCCCAGGGCAGAGAGUUUGGUCCAAAGGCAGAUGAGAGACGACCUCAACUCCAGCAGUGCCCCCAGACCAGCUGCGAGCUCAACGGCACCCAGAGAAGGUACCGGGUCCAAAGAUCCACCGGGAGUGUGGAAAACAGAGUCGAGGAAAAGAACUCAGACUUUACCUAACAGGAAAUCUUUCCUGACAGCUGCUUCUCCGGGGCAGAAAGGCAGCAAUGACAAAAAUGACAUAUUUGCCAGUGACUUUUGGAAAAGCUCCCCUGGGAGCAGCACGUGCUCCGUGGUCCCCGACGGACAUAAGAGAACGCUGUCUCAUGAUCUUUUUAAGCUGCUGGAUCUUCACCGCGCUUCGACCUACGAUAACGUUCCUACCUCCCAGGCAGAAAGCGGGGAAGGCAGCGGCUCCAAAAACCGCGGCUCUGAUAUGGAAUUCCUACCCUGCCCCAGUCCCAGCCAUCAGCCAAAGGAAACCGCCAGCCCCACCGGCAGCCCUGCCGAGGGCUCCAAGCCUGAUCAGGAGAGCAAGGAGUUCCUGCAAAACAUGAUCCUGAAGCUGGAAAAAGAAAUGGAGGUACAGAAAAAUGACUACGAGGAACAAAUUAAAAGUCUCGAGAAAGAAAACUAUGAAGUCUGGGCCAAAGUGGUGAGGCUGAAUCAGGACAUUGAGAAGGAGAAGAAGAAGUCUGAGGAACUGGAGCUGAAGCUGAUGAAUGUGGAGCGCUCACGGGAGGACAUGGAGAAGAAAAACAAGAUGCUUGAAGAGGAGAUAAAAAACUUAGCUAAAUCCACGAGCAAAACUGAUGCCAAAACCAACUAG